AUGUUCUCGGUCGCACGCUCACUCCGAUCUAGCUCAACACUGAGCCCCCUUCGAAAUGUCGCUAGAACAACCUCUCCAUUGCUCACAUCAAAACGAUUCAACAGUGGAAAGGUAUCAGGACCCGUGAUUGGUAUCGAUCUAGGAACCACCAACUCUUGUGUUUCCAUCUUUGAAGGUGGUGCUCCCAAGGUAUUGGAAAACGCAGAAGGUGCUCGAACCACUCCUUCCGUCGUCGCUUUUACCAAAGAUGGAGAACGAUUAGUUGGUCAACCCGCAAGACGACAAGCCGUCGUCAACGGGGAAAACACAAUCUUCGCUUCCAAACGAUUGAUCGGCCGAAAGUUCAAAGACGCAGAAGUACAAAAGGACAUCGCCAAUGUUCCCUUCAAGAUUGUUGCUCACACCAAUGGAGAUGCAUGGGUGGAAGCUCGAGGAGAGAAAUAUUCACCUUCUCAAAUCGGUGCUUUCGUUGUUGGCAAGAUGAAGGAUACUGCGUCUUCUUAUCUCGGUAAACCCGUCAAACACGCCGUCAUCACUGUCCCUGCCUAUUUCAACGAUUCCCAACGUCAAGCCACCAAAGAUGCUGGUUCCAUUGCUGGACUCGAAGUCCUCCGAGUCAUCAACGAACCCACAGCUGCUGCUCUUGCUUACGGUCUCGACAAGACUGAUUCUGCCGUCAUUGCCGUCUACGAUUUGGGAGGUGGUACUUUCGAUAUUUCCAUUCUCGAGAUGCAAAAAGGUGUAUUCGAGGUCAAAUCUACCAACGGUGACACUCAUCUCGGUGGUGAAGAUUUCGACAUAGCUCUCGUCAACCAUAUCCUCGCCGAGUUCAAAAAGGAAACCGGCAUCGACGUUUCCAAGGACCGAAUGGCUAUUCAAAGAAUUCGAGAAGCCGCAGAAAAGGCAAAGGUGGAACUCUCAAGUGCUGGCGCAACUGAUGUAUCCCUUCCCUAUAUCACUGCCACUGCCGAUGGACCUCAACACAUCAACCUCAACUUGACUCGAUCUCGAUUCGAAUCAAUCGUCAAGCCUCUCGUAGACCGAACCAUCGAACCUUGUAAAAAAGCAUUGAGCGAUGCUGGUGUCAAGGCUUCCGAAAUCAACGAAGUUAUCUUGGUCGGUGGUAUGUCACGAAUGCCCAAGGUCGUAGAAACCGUCAAGGGUGUCUUCGGACGAGAACCAAGCAAGGGUGUCAACCCCGAUGAGGCUGUUGCUAUUGGUGCUUCUAUCCAAGCUGGUGUACUUGCCGGUAACGUCACCGACAUCCUUCUCCUCGAUGUUACUCCCCUUUCCCUCGGUAUUGAAACUCUUGGUGGUGUAUUCACUCGAUUGAUCAACAGAAACACCACUAUCCCUACCAAAAAAUCUCAAACUUUCUCCACUGCUGCUGACGGUCAAACCGCUAUCCAAGUCAAGGUUUAUCAAGGAGAGCGAGAAUUAGUUCGAGACAACAAGCUUCUCGGUGAUUUCCAACUUACUGGUCUUCCCCCUGCUCCCAAGGGAGUCCCUCAAAUCCAAAUCUCAUUCGACAUCGACGCUGAUGGUAUUGUCAAUGUCGGUGCCAUUGACAAGGCUACCAACAGAGAGCAAUCGAUGACCAUCGCAUCCUCAUCCGGUCUCGCUGAUUCUGAAAUCGAGCAAAUGAUCGCCGACUCUGAGAAAUACGCUGAGGCCGAUAAAACCCGACGACAGAUCAUUGAAGAGGCCAACCGAGGGGAGAGCUUUGCCACCGACACUGAAAAAUCUAUGGCUGAAUUCGAGUCUCAGCUCGAUAAAGAGGAACGAGAAAAGGUCAAGAAGCUUUUGGGCGAGCUCAGAGAGAUCGCUGCCAAAGGUGCCGCUGGUGACGCUAGCGUAAAACCAGAAGACAUCAAGUCGGCUCUUGAUGCCGCUCAACAAGCUUCCCUUGGUUUGUUCCAAAAGGUGUACGAGAAGCGAAAUGCGGAAUCCCGAAGCUCUGAAGGCUCUGAAAGCUCUUCCGAAUCUUCAUCCUCCACUUCCGAGUCUUCCGCUGAAGGAGAAAAGAAGCAAUAG